AUGGACCGCACAACUGCCAGCAUGGAGCUCGCGACUGUCGACAUUCCUCGGGAGCGCAUUCUCACCAGGACAACGUCAGGCGCUCCUAAGCAGCCAAGACGAUGGGUGAUAUUCCUGGGGGCCGGGGCACACGAAGCUUCCUCUUCCACACACAGUUUUACCCGCCGCCAAUACCUCGUCUCGAGUAUGUUGUUCAAGAAUCUUCUUGGGCUUGCCGCUUGCGCAAGUUGGGCCUGGGCAGCACCUUUGGCUAUCGACAGUAUUCUUCCUCGCGACACCAACGUCGAUGGCUGUCCUGGCUAUGCGGCAUCCAAUGUAGUCACCACUGACUCUACCCUCACUGCGGACCUGACCCUCGCUGGCGCCGCCUGCAAUGUAUAUAGCGAUGACAUCAAGGAUUUGAAGCUCUCAGCAGAGUACCAGACUAAUGAGCGUCUCCAUGUAAAGAUUUACGACGCGGCGCGCUCCGUCUACCAGGUUCAGGAGGAAGUUCUACCUCGCCCCAAGAGCGGGAAUGCGACCUCUUCGGGCGCGGCGCUCAAGUUUGACAUUGUAGAAUCACCUUUCUCUUUCAAAGUUACACGCAAAGAAAACUCCGAGGUUCUGUUCGACUCGUCCGCUGCGCCAAUCGUCUUUGAGAAGCAAUAUGUGCGUUUGCGCACCAGCUUGCCAAACGACCCCAACAUCUACGGCCUUGGCGAGCACAGCGACUCUUUCCGCUUUCACACUGAAGAUUACCAGCGAGUCUUGCUGAAUUCAGAGUCGCCCAACAUCCCCCAAAAGGCCAAUCUCUACGGAACACACCCAAUCUACUUCGAUCAUCGUGGCGACAAGGGCACCCAUGGCGUCUUCCUACUCAAUGCUACCCCCAUGAACAUUGACCUCAAGAAGACCGCAGAGGGCGCUCAAUACCUUGAGUACAACACUAUUGGUGGCAUCAUUGAUUUGUACUUUUUGGCGGGCAAGCAGCCUGCCGAGGUGUCCAAGCAGUACGCCGACGUGGUUGGCUACUCUGCCAUGUACCCCUACUGGACAUUUGGGUUCCACCAGUGUCGAUUUGGUUACUGGGAUGUCAAUAUGGUGGCUGAGGUUGUGGGCAACUACUCUACCGCUGGAAUCCCACUCGAGGUCAUGUGGACUGACAUUGACCACAUGAACUUGCGCGAGGACUUCACCGUUGAUAAAGAACGCUUCCCAAUGAGCAAAAUGCGUCAGCUUAUUGAUACGCUACAUUCGCGCGAUCAACGCUAUGUCCUCAUCCUGGACCCUGGCAUUCACGCGGUCGGCAACUAUUCCACGUACCAAAAGGGCCACGACAUGGACGUCUUCCUGAAGGCUGCCGAUGGUACAGAUUCGCUUGGUGUGCAGUGGCCUGGCGAGGUCGCUUGGCCUGAUUGGUUCGCGCCCAAUACGCAAAAGUGGUGGACCGAUGAGAUUGUAUCGUUCUUUAACCCCGAGACUGGCAUCGACCUGGACGGCAUUUGGGUUGAUAUGAACGAGGCCUCAAACUUUUGCGAGGAUCAGACUUGCAACGCACGCCAAAAGGCCAUCAACGACGGCAUCCCACCGAAACCUACGAAUCCGCCACGUCCCAAUACUGGUCGUCCAAUUCCCGGCUUUCCCCUAGAGUUCCAGCCCAACUCGAACAACACGAAGCGGGAACUCGCGCUACGCCAGUCUGAGGGCCACAUGAAGGGUCUCCCUGAUCGCCAGUGGUUCUCUCCAAAGUAUCGCGUCAACAGCCAUAGAGGGGACAUUCAACAAUUCACAAUUUGGACCAAUACUUCAAACUACGACGGUAGCUGGCAGUACGACACUCACAAUCUCUAUGGGCAUAUGAUGGCGUCUGAUACUUACAAGGCCAUGGAGACGCGACGCCCCGGGCUCCGGCCCUUUGUGUUGACACGCUCGACAUUUGCUGGUACUGGUCGCAAGGCUACCCAUUGGUUUGGUGACAAUAUGUCAAGCUGGGAGCACUACCGUACUUCCAUCCGUCAGAUGCUUGCUUUCGUUUCCAUGCAUCAGAUGCCCAUGGUUGGUUCAGACGUCUGCGGCUUCAAUGGCAAUGCCGACCAGUGGAUGUGUGCACGCUGGGCUCUCCUGGGUGCAUUCCAGCCAUUCUACCGCAACCAUGCCGAAAUCAGCACGUUCCAGCAGGAGUUUUACCAAUGGCCCCUUGUCACCGAGGCGGCCAAGAAGGCAAUCGACACACGGUACAAACUCAUGGACUACAUUUACACCGCACUGUACUACCAGACGACCACGGGCACGCCCAUGAUCAACCCGCUCUUCUUCAAGUACCCCAACGAUGCAAACACCUUUGGCCUCCAAGACCAGUGGUUCUACGGCGACGACCUCCUCAUCUCGCCUGUCGUAAAUGAUUACUCGGACAACGUCACCUUCUACCUGCCAGACGACUUAUUCUACGACUACUGGACCGGCGCCCGCGUCCAAGGCGAAGGCAAAAACGUUACCAUGUCCGGGGUCGGCUUCACAGAUAUCCCCGUCCACAUUCGCGGCGGCAGCAUCAUCCCCGUCCGUGAGAACAGCGCAAACACAACCAAGGCGCUACGCAACGAGCCCUUCAAACUCAUCGUUGCCCCCGACGCCCAAGGCAAUGCGAGCGGUAGACUCUACCUCGAUGACGGCGAGAGCCUCGAGCAGCAGGCCGUCAGCGAGAUUACGUUUGAGUACUCCAUGGGCAAGCUCAAGGCCUCGGGUGCAUUCGACUACAAGGCCACUGGCAGUGAGAGCAUCACGGUAGGGAAGGUUGUAGUGCUCGGCCAGAAUGGUGGCGCUUCCAACGGUGCUCCGAAUCAGGCUGAAGUCACUGGGCCGUGGAAGAUGGACGGGGGCUUUGAGGUUACCGUCUAG